ACAGACAGACACGGUGGAAAAUGCAAGCUUUUUUAAAAGGACCUGGAGUAAACAGCUCAAAACCAGCGAAAGAAAAAGCUGCAGCAGGAACCAGUGGAGAGAACAAAAAGCAAAAACCAGUUCCAUGGGUGGAGAAAUACCGUCCAAAAUGUGUCUCCGAAGUGGCCUUUCAGGAGGAGGUUGUGGCUGUGCUAAAAAAGUCACUCGAAGGAGCAGAUCUUCCUAACUUGCUUUUUUAUGGACCUCCAGGCACAGGGAAAACUUCCACAAUACUUGCUGCAGCAAGAGAACUCUUUGGCCCAGAUCUUUACCGGAAGAGAAUUCUUGAGCUAAAUGCCUCCGAUGAACGUGGUAUCCAGGUUGUUCGAGAAAAAGUGAAAACUUUUGCACAAUUGACUGUAGCUGGCUCUCGCUCAGAUGGAAAGCCUGCUCCACCGUUUAAAAUUGUCAUCUUAGAUGAAGCCGAUUCCAUGACGAAUGCUGCACAAGCUGCUCUUCGCCGGACAAUGGAAAGAGAAUCGAAAACCACCCGCUUCUGCCUCAUCUGUAACUACAUCAGCAGGAUAAUUGAACCACUAACAUCUCGAUGUUCAAAGUUCCGUUUUAAACCUUUGACUGAUGAUAUACAGCUGAAAAGGUUGCUGGCCAUCUGUGCGAAGGAGAAUAUACAGUGCAGCGAUGAAACCCUCGCUCUGCUUAUCAAUGUGUCUGAAGGAGAUUUGAGGAAGGCAAUAACUUAUCUGCAGUGUGCAACAAGACUCACAGCAGGAAAAGGCAUCACGGAGCAAGUCAUCAUUGAAAUUGCUGGGGUUGUGCCAUCGGAAAUAAUUGACAGUUUGUUAGCUGCUUGCCAUAGCAGCUCCUUUGAAAAACUGGAAACUGUAGUAAAAAAUAUGAUUAAUGAAGGCUAUGCUGCAACACAGUUAAUCAAUCAACUACAUGACGUCAUUAUUGAUAAAGAGGAUCUUAACGAUCAACAGAAAUCAGCGAUCACGCUAAAACUGGCAGAAGUUGACAAGUGUUUAAUCGAUGGCGCUGAUGAGUAUCUGCAGAUGAUCAGUCUUUCUGCAGUUAUUAUGCAACAGUUUACACAGACCACUUAAUCAAACUAUAGAUAAGCAGCAGUUGAAGAAAACAAUUACUCUCCAUUAUUUAGUCCCACAAAGACCUGGAAGAUCUAUAUAUAGUCUAAAGCCCUCAAGCCAAGUGUUGACUUUUCUACAAUGCUUUUAGAUCAGUGCUUCAUACAAAAUAAAGUGUUUUCAAAUAUG